UUAAGCAUCUUUGAUCAAGAUGUCUACAGAGAUUGUUGCUGCCAAGAGUGGUGAUUCCACAAAUCCGACAUACAAACUGUCUUCCGCUGAUAACCCUGGAUCAAUGAUUACUUCUGUUUUGCUAACAGGAGAUAAUAACAAUGAAUGGGCAUCUGAGAUGCUCAAUGCUCUUCGUGCGAAGAAGAAGAUGGGCUUUGUUGAUGGUACCUUGCCCAAGCCAGCCGCUGAUAGUGGUGAUCUUGAAUCAUGGAUUUCAGUGAAUUCCAUGGUUAUUGGAUGGUUGAGAACCUCAAUUACACCUCGUGUUCGCUUCACGGUAUCGUUUCUCACCAACGCACAUGAAUUGUGGCAAAACUUGAAGCAGAGAUUCUGUGUUGCGAACAAAGUUUGUGUUCAUCAUCUAAGAACACAAUUGGCUUCAUGUCGACAAGAUGGUCAACCCGUAAUUGAUUAUUACGGCAAGCUUGCUGCGAUGUGGGAUGAGCUCUACACAUACAAACCACUUCCAACCUCCGCUGAAGAGUUCGCGAAAGAAAGAGAAGAAGAGAAAAUGCACCAAUUUGUUAUGGGGCUCGAUGAAUCAAGGUUUGGAAACGUUGUCAAUUCAAUCAUCGACGCAGAUCCAUCUCCUGACAUUGCACAAGCAUACGCGAAGGUUAUACGAGAAGAACAGAGGCUUCACUCCGUCAAAUCGCGUGAGCAACAUGAGGCUGUCGGGUUCGUGACUUGUCAGGAUGAUUCCUCUUCCUCACAUCAGUCCACAGCUCGUCGUGAUGGUGGUGAUUCCACCGGUCUUGUCUCACGCCCAGAUGCUUCUUUUCUCACCGGUGCAAAUCGAAACAGAGACCGCAACUCUCUUUGUGCUCAUUGUGGUAAACCGGGGCAUGAAAAGAAUUUUUGCUGGCAGAUACACGGUUACCCUGAAUGGUGGACCGAACGUAGCUUGCGUAAUGGAGGAAGAGGAUCAAAUCGUGGUCGUGGAUCUCAAUCUGCUGGUCGUGGUCGAGGUCCGGUUACUGCUGCUCACGCAACCAGCUCUAAUGGCUCUGUUUUUCCGGAUUUUAGUGCGGACCAGUGGAAAGCAAUCUCACUGAUGGCGUUAGAGAAGACAAAGGGCAGUGGUGAUACAUAAAAGCUCUCUGGACCGUUUUACGAGGACCCUGAUUGGAGCCGGGAUAGAACGUGAUGGGGUAUAUUAUCUUUCGGAUGUGGCAACGGUGAAGGCUUA